CUUCACUUUCACUUCCAGAAGCGGCACACUCCCCAGACUGGCAUGGCUGGAAGGUCUCCAGCGCUGGGAACAGCUAUAUUUUAAUUCGCCCCGCCCACUGUCUUGAUGGAUUCUUUUUCUCCUCCUCCAGGGACUUUCCUCACUUCCUUCUGUAAACGAAGGAAGAAGCACAUGAGCACACUGUAUAUAAAUAUGCUUGGGAAAGCUUUCUUCUUCUUCUUCUUCUUCUUCUUCUUCUUCUUCUUUUUUUUCUUAAACCAGACUUGGUUUCUGUUGUAGGCGGUGCAUUCCCUAGCCAGGCGGGGCCCAGUGUGUUGUGGAAGGGGGAGGGGAGAGGCCAGGGGGUGGAGUAGGCAGUGAUUAAUGCACCCACUGUGAGAGCCUGUCUUCUAUUUAAUGGGGGGGUCUCUCUGCCCAGGGGGAGUCAGAGCUGUCUCCAGGACCAGCGGGAGCAUGGCAGAGAAUCUGGGGCUGGGCUUCAGGGAAACAGCCAGCGUGGAAAUGCUGCCCGAGGAAGGCAGCUGCACCCCCAAGGCCAGAGCCAGGUUAGCAGCCAAGAGCAGAGCACGCUGGACUCUCACUUGCUGCCUGCUGUCGCUCCCCAUCCUGGCAGGACUCACCACCUACCUGCUUGUGGGCCAGCUCCGGGCCAGAGGAGACGCCUGUGUGUUCCAGACUCCAAAAGGGCGAGAGUUUGGACCUUCACAUCAGCGAGCUUAUACAUCUCCCGGAGCUGGUGGGGAUAAGCCAAGGGCACACCUGACAGUUGUGAGACAAACUCCCACACAGCCCUUGAAAAAUCAGUUCCCGGCUCUGCAUUGGGAACAUGAACUUGGCUUGGCCUUCAUCAAGAACCGGAUGAACUAUACAAAUAAAUUCCUGGUGAUCCCAGAGUCUGGAGACUACUUUGUUUACUCCCAGGUCACAUUCCGAGGGACCACAUCUGAGUGUGGUGAAAUCCGUCAAGGGAGCCGACUGAACAAGCCAGACUCCAUCAUCGUAGUAAUCACCAAGGUAACAGACAGCUACCCAGAGCCAACCCAGCUCCUAAUGGGGACCAAGUCAGUGUGUGAAGUAGGCAGCAACUGGUUCCAGCCCAUCUACCUAGGGGCCAUGUUCUCCCUACAGGAAGGGGACAAGCUGAUGGUGAACGUCAGUGACAUCUCUUUGGUGGAUUACACAAAAGAAGAUAAAACUUUCUUUGGAGCCUUCUUACUAUAGGGGCAAGGCGGACAUCCUUGGGUGAAGGUCCUCUGCCUCCUAGUUCCUAAUUUUCCUCCCUUAUAUGUAAUUAUAACAAGGGGUUUUUUGGAGCAUUCCACAGAAACAGUGGUUUAACUAUGAAAUCUGAAGCCCGAAAUUUCAUACUUUAUAUGCCUAACUGAUGAAAAUCUUAACCAGAAAAAGGCAGAAUAGAACAGACAUGUGAUCUUGGUUGCUUGGAAAAGUGGUGAGUUUCUCAACAUUGGAACACCGAUCACCAAAUGAAUGGAGAUCUACUCAGAACAUUUCCACUCCUUCAUACUACACAUUUGUCCCCAGUGGGUCCGAUGAUUGUGCAAUAUGAUUAUGAAAUAUUUGCUUCAAUUCAGUUCAGGAACCAUGAACAAAAUCCAAAGCCCUAGAAAACAUAAAUCCUAGAAGCAAAAUCCUUCAACGGUUUCCCCAAAUAUAUACUUUAAUGCCUUAUCUAAAAAAAAAAAAAUGAAAAAGUUUGGUAUUUCUCAUGAACGUUCUCAAAAAAAAAACCAAAAAAACCCACACAACUGUUUUCGUGCCAUCUAUGGCAAAUGAGAAAAGCAACCUCUCCUUUUUUUAUGUACAUGGGCAUCAAACAAGCAAAUAUGAGUUUCAAAUGCAUAUCAAAUACACAACAAUAGCAUUUAUUUAGCACAGUUUUCUUGAGCACCUUUCAUGUUCUGGGCACUCCCUUGACCCAGAAGAUACUAUGAAGAACAAGACAGACUCUACUCAAAACUUGAAUGAUACCAGUACACAGCUCUUGGUCAAAUACCACUCAACAUACUCCAAGGAGUAAUUCCAAGGCCUGACACUGGUACAUAAAGUUUCUGGAGCUCUCCUGACUAUGUAAGAUAUCCAGCUGAUUAGGUCGCUUGGGAAACUUGAAGACAGAUUUCUCACCAACUAGACCAACUAUGCAACAAGUGUGAUGGACACCAAGAGACAGUAGACUUAUUCUCUGGGUCUCAAAAUCCCGAUCACCAAAUCUAGACAAGUUCACUUAGAUCUGCUUUGAGGUUUGAUUCACAAUUUGAUAGGUGGAGUGUUAUAUGGUGUUUUUCUCUUUGAAUAUUCAAGGGAUUUAAAUAUGGUAAAUCAUAAUCAGCUAAUCAGCCCAGCCCAGGCUGGAGGAGGAGGGUGGACAUUAAGAAAGUCCCUCCUGCACCACAGUGAGCUCCUACCCUCAAAUCUGUAGGAUUUUCCUGCACUAAUAUGCCAAGAGUAGGAGAGACCUUUCUGCUCUCUUAGCCUCAAUCAACUUGUCUGUUAAGCAGGCAUCUACCAGUUUGUCUCCCAUGAUCAGAUGAGCUCGUGGGGAUGAAACACACGAACAGCGAUCAUUCUGUGAAGUCUGAGUAUGACACAGGGAGCCACAUCCAGCACCUUGGCUCCUGGAAUAAAUGCUGCCUAUUGUAAGAGACCUCAUGAAUGGGUAUAAAAGCAAACUUGGCACCAAAAUCACUCUUACCCUUGUUGCCAGGAAACUACAGAGACACCAAGGUGUGUGAUGGGGUUUCUAAGCAGGAUGAUUGGUGUAACAGUACUUGAUCAAUAUUGGUCAAGUUAUAAUUAAAUAAACAUUGAUUUCUGGUUUCUCAGUUGGGAGACUGAGUCUCUAAAGGCUUCAGUUUCCCACAACUGCCAGCACAGAACCCAAGGCAGCAGAGGGAAGGGUGUGGUCAUCUCCACCUGAUUCAAAAAAGACUUCAUAAAGGAAGUGAAGCCUGAACCAGUCUUAAAAGAGAGUGGGCGGGGACAACAGAUGGCCUCAGGGAAAGGGCAUCUCAGAUGGAGGAAUUACCCUUUACUUAAAGCAGAAAGGAAAGGUUUCUCAGUAACUACAAAACCAGCUUGAUAAGACAAAGCUCCUUCAACCUACUCCUAGAACAAUGUUAGCUGGCAGAUUGGGAUAACGAUAUCAAUAAUUCUAGUCUGGCUCCAGGAUCAGAACUCACACCCCAUGGAGAAAAUAAAAUGCCCUGUCUACAUUUGCAUGAGUGCCCAAGCAAUGUGGGGUGCAGGAGAGGAUUUGCAUGGAAAAGGCCAGAAUGGCCAGCUCACCUUCUUCUUCACUAAAAAGAACCCUUGUUACCCAGGCUCUUCAGACCUGCCCACAGCACCUUAGGGGAUCUGGUGGAUGUGGAAAUUCAUCCAUGAAAUAGAAGUUUCCUACUAUUCAAAAAGACUUGACCACUUUGGAUCAAAAUCCCUGCCACGUAUCUAUUUUUGCGCCUGUCAUAAGCUUGUUUGUCGAAGAGUGUACCAUGCUGAUGUUUUCACUGCUGAAUUUGUUAAAUCCCUGUAUUUCGUACCGUUCAGAAAGGCCCAGCCGACCAUUUCUAGGCGCAAGAAUGAGGCGAGAGAAUGCAUAAGAACAUGUGAUGGUCUCCUAAAAAGGGUAAAUGCGAUGCAUUCAGAAAUUUGCAAGGGAAGAAGGAACAUGCUUACGUGCUUUAGAAAAUAGUUAAUUUAGGAGGAAAAUGCUUUGCUGGUUCAAUGUGUCUCAAAAGGCUGAAUUCAAAUCAAUUCCACAUUUACUGAGUGCCUACUCGCCCUGGGGACACAAAGAGAAAUUAUUUUAGUCCCAGACGUGUUCAUUCUAACUGCUCAGCACCUCCAUUGUCUUUCAUUUAUAUUGGCAGUAUUAGCUAAUUAAUUAGCUAACUUUAGGCACGUGGAUAUUUUCUCAUUAGGAAAAUGGGUGCCAUCUGAUGAAGGAUGAUUAUUAACAAAAUGAUUUGUGUUUACACUAAGUGUUUGUUUUUUAAUAGCUUCUCAAAGAGAGUUUUCUGUUAAUAAAAGGGAACACAAUGAAGAUACCAUUUCCUCUGGUAGAAUCCAUCAUUUAGGCCACAAAUGGAGAGAGGUUAUCAUCUGCCACGCUUGAGUUUGGCCAUCAACACCUUUGAAAAUAUUAGAACUUAUGGAUGAGGCAGAGGUGCUUUGAAAAGCCUGUAUGCUUCAGAAAAUAUAAGAUCUAUGCUGAGAAUGCGCAGGAUCCCUAGCAUUUUGACCCUAGCAUGGGUUAGAUCUAUUUAGCAGAACGGCAUUGCUUAAGCUACUAAAAUUCCUAAGUGUUUUGACUAAGGUACAGUAGGACUUCCACAUCCUGAAAAGUGUCUGGUUCAGUUCAAUAACAGCGCAUACCAGGGCCCUUGGCUCCAUUUCAAUUUAAGCUACGUCAACCCCAGAGGAAGUUCCACCUCCAUGCUCGUCAGUAACCCCUCUGGAUCAUAAAAGAUUGACUAGCUCAGUGUGCACGAGGCGUGUCCUUUGCCAAUAUUCUCUUGCAGGGUAUUUUCCCCAGUCCUUUCCCAAUCAUGUUCCCAUGAUUGCGACACUGGGGAUUAAUUCUUCAGGACAGGAUUAUUUGUUAUACUCUGCACCUUGCAAAACACAUGCAGUAGUUUCCUGCCUCAAGAUGCCUUGCUCUCCUAGGGCUUAGAGUCCUGAAAUUGUUUUGCCAUGUGUAGCAGAAUUUAUUUGUUUAAGCGUGUGCCACUAUCCUGGAUAUUAACAGCUAUUGCAUCAUUUUGGCAGCUGAUCCUGGGGAGGAUUCAGUGGACUGACUGUUAAAUCCUGAAUCCUUUUGCUCUAAUGGUGAAAGAGAGUGAGGAUCAGAGCAGUCACAUCUCUGUCGUGCCCCACGCUGAGAACCAUAUUUAGAGCUACCCAAGCUCUGAGAUGAAUUUGCCCCCCACCCCUUCCCUCGCCCCAUUUUAAGAAGAAAAUAUCAUACCAGCCCAGACAGAAGUUACUUGUUCAGGGUCACACAAUGAGUUCAUGGCAGAUCUAGAGCUAGGUACUGUCUUCCUGAAUCAUAAUCCUGGGCUCAUCCAGUUACCCUCUGCUCUUAGCAGACAGUGUUUUAAUAACUGGAAGAGAAACUGUUGGAAGACGGGAGAAGUGUUACCAAAUAACCAUGGGUGAGGUGGGGGGCUUCUUCCAUGUCUCCUUAGAGGAAAGAGCUAGGGCUAAGAAGUUGCAGUUUACAGGGUCAUCAUUUCUGGCUGGAUACCCAAAGAAACUUUCUACCCUAAAAAUAGAAUGGCCCCAAAGAGUGAUUUCUCAGGCCCUGGAUACAUUCAAGCAAGGGGCUUAUCUCAAGGGUUUUGUAGAAGCCUUUCCAUCAUUGAGGUGGGAGGAAGGAUGGAACCAAAGGAUGGAACCAAAGGAUGUCUCAGGUCUUUUCCGAAUCUAUGAUUAUGUGGCCCUUUGUAUUUUUUUUGAACGUGGCCAUUUUUAAACUGACUUCUGUGUGUUCUAUUGGAUCCUUAAGAACCUGACAAGCCAUGUCAAGAGUUCAGCGGCUCCCAGCCUACAACUGGCUGCAAUUUCCCACUUGUUCAGAGAGUGCCCAACACCAAGUGACUGUUUGAUCUUGACCAAUAGAGAAUGCCAUGGAAUUGUAGAGCCAAGGGAAUCUGCACAGUUUAUCUACUCCAAGUUACAUCAUUUUAAUAAUGAAGAAAUCCAGGCUCAGGAAGGUGACAUAAAUGGCCCAAUGUCAGACGGUAACUGGUAGCAGUGCUGAGCUAGAAGUCAUAGCUCCUGACACCCAGCCCACAGCCUUUUCAUUUCAUCCAUGAAUCAGUUGUGUUGUGUUUUGUUUUGUUUUGCUUUGCUUUGUUUUGUUUUGAGCAGUCGUCACUUGACAGUACUCAUCUAAAUACUGGAGAGCAAGGCAAGAGAGAACAUGACAGGCAAGUCCCACUCACCUGUCGCAAGCCUUCAGGAGGAAGGAGAAACACGAUGUGGGGCCAAUAAAGCACCUGACCUUAAUCAAAUGACUUUAUUCCCAAAGUCAUUGAAACAUGUAACUUCCCCCACUUUUGUUCCAGGGGUAUACAGAUUGAACCGAUGUAGGUAUUUAUGUGGUUUUACUGAUAAACCCCAUGCACUUUCACUGACUUUAUGUUUUAUGUUAAAACGUCACAAUCCCAAGGUAAAGUGCAUAUUGUAUGUUGUUGGACACGUACUUAACUAGUAAGCAUCUUGUGUCUCCAGGCACUACUGUGCAAAUUCUAAUCACUGUGAAUGAUGUGUUCUAUGUGUUAAUGUAUUUAAUAGAUGUAACUUAAUAAAUUGGCAUUGAAAGCUGUGGAAUGUUAAUAAUUAGAUCAAUCCUUUUGUUAACCUGUUCGUUUAAUUCUCUUGCUAGAUUAAGAUCUAAGGAUAACCUCUUGAGAUCUUUAAAAUUCAUCUAGUGCUCUGUGUACUUGAAUGCAAAAUGGCCACUGAUUUUUU